GGGAUCUACAUCUACAUACGUGAUCGGACCAAUCCUAAAAAUAUCCGAGGUAGCUAGCUAGCUACAUAGCUACUUGCGUACUAGUAACUAGAGGAUAUUUUGUUUAGGAGAUAAUAAAUAAAUUACAAAUCUACCUCCAAGAUCAUCACGAAUCCAGAUGAAUAGGGGCCAAUGUUGACCGAAACUUACUUCGUGUCCGUGGCUGGGCAACCAUUAUCUAACAAUACGACCAUCUCAAAAGAUGCCGGCAUUUAUGAGCAUACACUCCACCCCAGCCAUUCGACGACAAAUACCUUUAAGAAAAGCUCUGCUCCCCGCCACUGUCUGGCUGUGAGCGACACCCAUGUAUUUACAGCCCAGGAGGAGAAAUCAACGGUACACGUCUACUCGAGGGCCAAAGGCAAUCAAGAGGCCUUGGUUACUUUUCCAGAGCGCAUCCGGAGCAUCGCGCUCCAAGAUGAUGUGCUCUAUUUGGGUUCGCAAGAGGGCAGGCUUAUCAUAUGGGAGGUCUGCACCGGUAGACAAGUGACUACGUCUGCUUGCCAUGUUCAAGCGAUUACGUGUAUCGCUGUUACACCCUACCACCUUCUCACCGGGUCCGAGGACUCGAAUAUCAAUGUCUGGUCUGUUCCCCGCUUGCUAGAACUAGACUCGACCAUCGAACACGAACCCCAAGUGACACUAUCGAAUCAUAGAGCCGCCAUCACAUCUCUUGCUAUCGGUUCAAGCGUAAAUCCGGAUACCAACAUCUGCGUCUCGGCAAGCAAGGACAAGUCUUGUGUCAUCUGGAACUAUCAGCAGGGUGUAGCUCUACGGACAUUACUAUUCCCGAGUUCGCCACUUUGCGUGUCCCUCGAUCCGUGUACACGAGCCAUCUACGUUUCUUCCGAUGACGGCUCGCUGUACGCAGUUGACUUAUUUGCCGAUAAAGCUCUGUUGGGUCCGACGAGUAUAGAAGACAGCUCUACGGCCGUUCAGGUUUCCUCGGCGUUUGGCGCUACGCCUCAGGAGGCGGGAGCGGCAUCGUGCAUGGCGUUGAGCUACGAUGGUACGACUUUAUUAUCGGGCCACCCGCAAGGCCAGAUUCUACGAUGGGACUUGAGCAGCCGUGCUGACUCCACAGAGCUAACAAACCUCAACGCUUCUGUAACGAAUAUCGUCUUUGUUUCUCCACUUCCGACCUCGCGGCCUGCCAAGCCAGUUGCUGUUGUGAAGCCAUUCCUGGGAAGCCGCAGUUAUAACUUUACCUCCCAGUUAGAUUCCGAUAUCUCAGAGGAUACGAAGUUCAGUAGGAUACUUAAAUCUAACGGGCUCCCGCAUGAUGUCUUGGAACAAGCCAUCCUCGCCUUCCAGACACCAGCUGAGGACACUGUUGGAGAUCAAGAACUGAGGAAGGAAAACGAAGAGUUGUGGGAGGUUAUUAACGAGCAACGGGCCCUCCAGAAAAAAACCUUACAGCGAUAUAUGGAAGUUAAAUCUGCUGGCUCUUAAAGGGCUAGUUAGUUCCAGUGCUCCUUUUCGAUUUUAUCGGCAAGAUCGGGCCACGACUCUGUGAAUACUACCCUACGGCUUGAACGACGUAGCGACACCAGUAAAUAACUUUACUGUAUCGGAAGUUCGCACUCCAUACGUAAAAGUUCGGUUUCGGGCGGAUGUCAGUCAGCCUUAGCAUAAGCUUUAUAUACGGAUGAGAAGUUACUCUACGCAAAUAUUACCCUCAUACUGGUUUGCUCGAUAUAGCGUCUGCUAGACUCGGUUAACUAUCUAACACUUGGAAAAGUUUAAUAACCAGAGAAAGGACGCGAAGAUAGAUAAUACCCUCCUCGCUAGUUAUCAAUCUAACUAGUGUUUAUUAAGAAGCUGUCUCGUUCUAAACUAACUACCAUGAAUUUCAAGCUAGAAUAUUGCAGAGCUUACAGCAUCCUAACUUCACUACCUACCUAGGUAUUACUUAUCAGAACCGAAGGCCACACUGAGAGGUUAUGGGCUGAUAGUUGAG